AUGCCUCGAGAAGGAACUCAAAGAGUAAAGACGGGUUGCAGAACAUGCAAAACGCGCAAGAUCAAAUGUGACGAAACUUGGCCCAAAUGCAAACGAUGUGCAACGGCGAGACGUGUUUGCGAUGGUUAUGAUGCUCCUCCCGUUGGUUCUAUAUCGUGGGAUCUUCUUCUUCGGACGCCACAGCCUCGUUUGAUCCCUGUGACGAAUACACGCGAAGUACGCUGCCUGUCCUUCUUCCAUCAUGUCGUGGCACCCGCUCUGUCGGGACCCUUUGAUGGAUCCUUCUGGACGUAUUUCGUUGCCAGGAUGACACAUGCUGAACCUGCGGCGCGACAUAGCGUGCUUGCCAUAAGCCAGCUCUUUGAAGACUAUGAGUAUUCGAAACCGACUGCUGACCGAUUCGCCAUUGUGCAUUACAACACGGCUAUUAAUCUACUCGUCCAUGGACCUCCGCCAUCGGUAGACACCGUUUUGCUGGUGUGCGUGUUGUUUAUAUGCGUCGAGUUCCUACGAGAGAAUCGUGCAGCAGCCAUCACCCAUGCAGCGCAUGGCUUGCAGCUUCUUAAUGCGGCUGGUCAGAAUUCUCGACUUGUUGGCACAUAUAACCAAAUAAGCGUGUUUCCAACGUUCUUUGUUGAAGAUAAUAUCGGGAGCCCUACAAAUAAAUCUGGCGAAUGCCCUGUUUAUUCCAGCACGAGCGAGGCUCAGUACGCGUUAGACAACCUGAUUUUGAGGUCAUUGGAGGUCAUUCGAUCUGCAAAUCCGUAUCGCCUAGAAAUGAUGCCUCAGAGACCACCCCAGGAACUCUUUGAUGUGCAGAGCGAAAUACAAAAAGGCGUGGACGCGUGGGAAAAGGCAUUCAACAGGCUCCAGUCCACAAGACCUGCGGCUAGCCUCGAAGACACAGCGUCUUUAGCAAUCAUGACGCGAAACAGACUCAGCAAUUUAUGGCUUACAGAAUGUCUGAAGCAAGAUGAGAUGUGUUUCGACGACUAUAAAGAUGAAUUUGUUCAGAUACUGGCAUGGGUGAGCAAAGCAGCAGACAUACUUGAAGCCCGACGCAAAAAGCCAACAAGGUUUACUUUCGAGACGGGAUUCAGUCCGAUGCUUCACUUCCUGAUUUACAAAUGUCGCUAUUUAUCGCUACGCUUGGAAGCGCUAUCUCUGAUGGAGAGGCUUUGUAGUGAAAGGGAAUCUUUAUGGGAUGGGUCGUUGGUAUACACCUUGUCACGACUCAUUAUCGAGGCUGAGCAUGAUAUUGACCUUUCGGGAGAGUUUGAUGUCAACGACGACAUAUUACCGCCUGACUCAAAGAGAAUAAGAGGGUUUCUGUUUGCAGGACGUCAAGAAGCGUUGAUAUGGGAUACAUCACCAGCAGAUGUGGUUUAUUUCCGAAUGUGGAGCCCAGAGAGUGGGUGUACAUAUCGGAAGGAAUAUUUGACGAGGCAGACUCAAAAGUUGCAUUGUCAAGAAACAGUUAUACAUCAGACAGAGAGUCAGAGUUAUUUAUCAUAUUAG